AUGAAAUACCUCGCAUCUCUUGUUUCUGUUCUAGCCGUCACCGAAGGAAGCCCAGUCAAGCAUGCAUACCCGCAAGGUAUUGACGUAUCUGAUUAUCAACCUAACAUCAACUGGACGACUGUGGCCAACAAUGGUAUUGUAUUUGUGUACAUCAAGGCUACGGAAGGAACAUCCUAUAUCUCCCCAUCAUUCAGCUCUCAAUACACUGGGGCGACAAAUGCUGGACUGAUUCGUGGUGGAUACCACUUUGCCUAUCCAGACAAAUCUAGUGCCGCGACGCAAGCUAACUAUUUCCUUGCCCAUGGCGGGGGUUGGUCCGCUGACGGGAUUACCCUACCUGGUGCACUUGAUAUUGAAUGUGAGCAUAUUUUUACACCUGCUAUGGGUCUGACUGCUUCCGAGAUGAUUACCUGGAUUAAGGAUUUCUCCAACACGUACCACGCUGCCACCAGCCGCUGCACUGGAAAUAGCGCCUCCUUCGCCAGCGACAAUCCGCUUUGGAUCGCAGACUGGUCUUCAACUCUCAGAACUCUCCCUGCCAGAUGGGCGUACGCUUCAUUCUGGCAGUAUGCUGACUCUGGUCCAAACCCCGGUGAUGCUGACCUCUGGAACGGUGACAUGAGCGGUCUUCAGAGACGAGUAACCUGUUAUCGCUUCCACGUUCAGUUUCUCACCUGA